AUGCCUCCGGGUCGACCGCCCCUUACAAAAAUCAUAAACGCUUUGCAGAAGAAGAAAGCGACGAUGAUUUCUAAAAAGAAAACGAACGUGAAGACGAAGACAAAGAAGAAGCCUUUAAAGAUGAAGGAAGAGGACUUCUUUUUUAAUUCCUCGGGAGGAAUGAUGAUGACAGAGGAAGAGGAGGAGGAAGAAGAGAAUAAUAGAAUAUUAGCCCACGGAAACGACGAGGAAGAAAAAAAUUACGAAACAAAUGGAAUGAAUUUGAAAGAAAUUCUGACGCAAAGAUUGGAAGGCAGAGUCGGAGGUCCGACGAGAAGAUCCGCCAAAGGCGGGUGGACCCCGGCCGAGGACGACGUUUUGAGACGCGCGGUGGCUAUUUACAAAGGGAAGAACUGGAAGAAGAUUGCGGAAUACUUCAAAACGAACGAAGGCGUGGAGAAAAGAACGGACGUGCAGUGUUUACACAGGUGGCAAAAAGUUUUAAACCCAGAGCUGGUGAAAGGCCCGUGGUUGAAAGAAGAAGACGAGAAGAUCAUCUCGUUAGUCGCGGAGUUGGGGGCGAAACAGUGGUCGAAAAUCGCGCAACAGUUACCCGGGAGAAUCGGGAAACAGUGCAGGGAGAGAUGGUACAAUCAUUUGAAUCCGGAAAUCAAGAGAGAAGAUUGGAGCGAGGAGGAGGAUUUGCUUUUGAUAAGGAAACACCAAGAGUGCGGGAACAAGUGGGCGGACAUUGCGAAAAAUUUCGUCGGAAGAACGGAUAACGCGAUCAAAAAUCACUGGAACUCGACGCUAAAAAGACGCGUCGAAGAGGCGUACGCCAAAGGGUUGCCCGCGGAGGCGGCGGCGUUUCACAACAGCUCGGACGAGAACGGGAAAAAGCUCUCCUCCGGGAAAGGCACCAAGUCGGCGAAAGCGUCGGCGAAGAACCAAAGUCAACAAGCCAGUUUGAUCGUCGCAAAAACAUCGACGGCGGAGUACAGGAAGUACGUCGUUUCAAACGAUGACGGAGAGGAUAUCUUUGAUCCGCUCGCCGGGACUGUUUUUGCGGAGACGAAGACGAACAGGAAAACUUUGGGUGGUACUGUUGGAGCGACGAAACGAGCGGCGGAGAUGGGAGGGAAGAAGAACAACGGAGAAAACGCAAAGAAGUAUCGCAAGAAGGAUUCAAGUAAUGACGCGGGCUUAGUAUCAGCGGCGGCGGGGGCGCCGUACGAAAUGAAUAAUCAUCAUCGUCAACACCAUCACCACAACUCGCCGUCGACGAGAUUUCAUUUCCAAUCGCCGAAUACCUACGCCGCCGCCGCCGCGAGAACGCCCACGGACGUCCGAAAAUACGCGAACGAGGAGGACGCCGAACGCGGAUUCGAGGACGUCUUUGACGAACACGAUAACACCAUGGUGCACUCGCCGUUGGCAUCGCCGUCGUUGUUGAAUUGGGUCAACGGUGGUGGCGUCACUACGAGAGUGACUCCCGGGAGGCUUCACGCGCAAACGAACGCGCGUGAAGGCACCAUGUACGAUAAAUACGUCGCGAGUCCACAACAACACGAUUCGCCGACCAACCGUUUGCUUUCUCCAGAAAUGAAGAAGAAAAUGGCAACGACGACGAUGAUGACGACGACGUCUGCGCAUCAUCACAGCGACCCAAGCAAUAUUCCUUUCCAUGACAUGUAUCAGAAAAUGCAACAACAGUUGUUACAACAAAAAGAAGCAGAGAGAAUAAACAUGACGGGAGGGGCUUCGGUAGACCCUCCGCCGGCGCCAACGAAAGCGCCGAGAGGGUUCGCAGACGGAAGUUGCGCGUUCGACAACACCGCCAUCACGUUCCAGUCGCCACCCGCGAGAGGAGGAAAUGAUGUCAGCACGAGUGCGCAAAUGCACGCGGACGGCGACGGCGAUGUCACCGCGAAUGGAUUGGUCGUGGCUGGCCUCGGCAAAGUUUCCAACUACGACGGAACUGGGAAAAAGACGAAGAAAAACAACAACCGUCUUUCUCACUUGUUUCGCAUGGGUCAAGAUAAUAGCGUGGGAGGUGCGAAUAAUGGAGGCUCGGGAGAGCGAAUGCCCUCUGUUUUGAGAGGGAAGCAGGAACGCGAAACUUUGGAACACCACAUUGCUGCGAGCCCUCCGAGAGCGAUGAAACUCGCAGACGCUGGAAUGCCGAUCAACUUUGCGGGCGGCUUCUCGCCGUCCAAUUUCUUGAAUCGAAACUGA